CCCCAUGACUGACUACACGACGCUCCAAGUCCACGCAGGCCACGAAGGCGGCGAGCCUGGGUCCCGCGCCCGCGCCGUCCCCAUCGUGGCGUCCACGUCGUUCCUCUUUGACAACGCUGACCACGCCGGCAAGCUGUUUGGUCUCCAAGAGUUUGGCAACAUCUACUCGCGGAUCAUGAACCCGACAAACGACGUGUUUGAGAAGCGCGUGACGGCGCUAUCUGGCGGCGUGGCGUCCGUCGCCGUGAGCUCUGGCCAGGCCGCACAGGCCCUGACCAUCUUCACGAUCGCGCAAGCCGGCGACAACAUCGUGGCGACGUCGUCCCUGUACGGCGGCACGUACAACCAGUUCAAGGUCGCGUUUCCCCGCCUCGGCAUCCAAGUCAAGUUCGCCAACCACGCCGACCCUGCCUCGAUCCGGUCGCUGAUCGACGACAAGACCAAGGCAAUUUACGUCGAGACAAUCGGGAACCCCGAGCUGGAAGUGCCCGACUUUGACGCGAUCUCGGCCAUCGCCAAAGAGCACGAGAUCCCGUUCAUCGUGGACGACACGUUUGGCGCGUGCGGGUACCUCGUCAACCCGAUCAAGCAUGGCGCCGACAUUGUCGUGCAGAGCGCGACCAAGUGGAUCGGAGGCCACGGCACGACCAUUGGCGGAGUUGUGACGGAUGCCGGGACGUUCAACUGGGGCAACGGCAAGUUUCCCAUGAUGUCGGAGCCGAGCCCGGGGUACCACGGCCUGAACUUUUGGAAGGUGUUUGGUCCGGGGGGCGUCUUGGGGGCGAACGCGACGUUUGCGAUCCGUCUGCGUGUGGAGAACCUGCGUGACUUUGGGUCGAGCUUGAGUCCAUUCAACUCGUUCUUGCUCAUCCAGGGCCUCGAGACGCUCAGCUUGCGCGUCGACCGCGCCGCGGACAAUGCGUUGACGUUGGCGCAGUGGUUGGAGACGCACCCGAACGUUGCGUGGGUGUCGUACCCCGGCCUUCCGUCGCACCCGUCGCACGAAAACGCCAAAAAGUACAUGUACCGGAAAAAGUACGGCGCCGUGUUGACCUUUGGCGUCAAGGGCGGGCUGGAAGCGGGCCGGUCGUUCAUCAACAGCGUCAAGCUGGCCAGCCACUUGGCCAACGUUGGCGACUCCAAGACGCUCGUGAUCCACCCGGCCAGCACGACGCACCAGCAGCUUGUGGAAGAAGAGCAAUCGGCGACGGGCGUCAAGCCCGACAUGAUUCGCGUGUCGGUCGGUAUCGAGCACAUCGACGACAUCAAGGCCGACUUGGACCAGGCACUGGCGGUGUUUGUGGCGAAGUAGGUGCGUAAGUCGAGAGUAAAUUUUGCCAUGUGCGUGGAAGGUGGAGCUGGGUACGUUGUGCCCAUCAUGACUUGGUCGAUCUACAACGAAUGGACGCCAUGCGGGUCAAUGACUCUGCUGGAUGCGGCAGGUAGAAGGAAUUACUCCAAUGUUCCUCCAGGUCUUCUUGCCACGGCUCGGUGCAGAAGUCGUGGGGAACUUGCUUCAUGAAAUAUCUUGGAUGGAAAAGGACCGUCGCCACAA